AGUUGAGGCCGCUUAUCUGCAUAUCCCGGACUAUAGUUCAGCGCGAGCCCGGCUGCUCUUCCCCAGUUGCCCUGGAGCUCCAGUCGCUUGCAAAGACUCCUUGCAAAAAAGCCCUGUUGCUAAUUUCGAUUUUGCAAAACAAAUCGCAAACAAAAUGUCCAUUCUCAGGAUCCAGUCUCGGGAAAUCUUUGACUCCCGUGGGAAUCCCACCGUCGAAGUAGACCUAUAUACCAGCAAAGGUCUCUUUAGGGCUGCAGUUCCAAGCGGGGCGUCUACUGGAAUCUAUGAAGCCCUGGAACUUCGCGACAAUGACAAGACACGCUUCCUGGGGAAAGGUGUCUCCCGAGCCGUUAAAUAUGUUAACGAAUUCCUGGCGCCGGCGUUGUGUACUCAGAACAUCAGUGUUGUGGAGCAAGAAAAGAUUGACAAGCUGCUGCUGGAGAUGGAUGGGUCUGAGAACAAAUCCAAGUUUGGAGCGAAUGCAAUCCUGGGAGUCUCCCUAGCUGUAUGCAAGGCUGGUGCUGCUGAAAAAGGGGUCCCUUUGUACCGGCACAUUGCUGACCUUGCUGGAAACCAGGACGUCAUUCUGCCAGUCCCCGCUUUCAAUGUGAUCAACGGUGGGUCCCAUGCCGGGAACAAGCUGGCCAUGCAGGAGUUCAUGAUCCUCCCCAUCGGUGCUGAGAACUUCAAGGAAGCCAUGCGCAUUGGUGCUGAGGUGUAUCACAACCUGAAGAAUGUCAUCAAGGAGAAGUAUGGGAAGGAUGCGACCAAUGUGGGUGAUGAAGGUGGCUUUGCGCCUAACAUCUUGGAGAACAAAGAAGCUCUGGAACUGCUGAAGACUGCCAUCAGUAAGGCUGGGUACACCGACAAGAUUGUAAUUGGGAUGGAUGUGGCGGCUUCCGAAUUCUAUCGCGACGGGAAAUACGACCUGGACUUCAAGUCCCCCGAUGACCCUAGCAGAUACAUCAGCCCUGACCAGCUGGCUGACCUCUACAAGGGUUUUGUGAAGAACUACCCGGUGGUUUCCAUUGAGGAUCCCUUUGACCAAGAUGACUGGGCUGCCUGGAAGAAGUUCACAGCCAGCGCAGGCAUCCAGGUGGUGGGUGAUGACCUGACGGUGACCAACCCCAAGCGGAUUGCGAAAGCCGUGGAGGAGAAAUCCUGCAACUGCCUUCUGCUCAAAGUCAACCAGAUUGGCUCAGUGACGGAGUCACUCCAGGCCUGCAAGCUUGCUCAGUCGAACGGCUGGGGCGUGAUGGUGAGCCAUCGCUCUGGAGAGACUGAAGAUACCUUCAUUGCCGACCUGGUGGUUGGGCUCUGCACUGGACAGAUCAAGACUGGGGCUCCCUGCCGAUCUGAACGCCUAGCCAAAUAUAACCAACUUUUGAGGAUCGAAGAGGAACUGGGUAGCAAGGCCCGCUUUGCCGGCAGGAACUUCAGGAACCCUCGUGUCAACUAAACGGAUCCGGGGCAGACAAGGCUCAUUCGUUCCCUACUCACCUACCCUUUACCCUGGUUGUGGUUGAAAGCACUAGUCACCUCAUUUAGGAGAAAUACAAAAACCCCAUAGUAUUUGUGUGUACCGUGAACGAAGGGCAGCUGAUGGAACCAGACAAGCUUUGCAGGUCCUCUCUAUUCUAGGUGACCACAAUUCAUCAUCUAGCAUCUUGUUUCCUUUCUCCUUCUCCUUCAUACACACCCCCAGCUUCGAUCCUUUGCUUUCAAAAGGGCUUGGCUUCUGUCUUCUCCUCCUCCCCUGGACCCCUGCAAACCAUUUCUCACCACCUUUGUCUUAUAUGGAGGGAAGCAUCUUCAGGAAGCUAGGAAGGCGAAGGAAUAUCCCAGUCUUGUUGGCGUACGAGUUGUAAAAGCUUGUUGCCGUUUUGGAGUAAGUGGGAUGCUCUGUAUUGAAGGUAAUGGGAGGACUUGUUUCUCCUCUUCCAUCCCUCUUGACCAUCCCAAGGAGGAAGAGAAACCCUUUUAUCUCCAGUACUUCUUCUGUGGAAGCUGUACAACUUGCAACGCAGCCCCGAGGUACCUGCAAACAGGAAGAAUGGUAGUUUUCAUGUGAAUUAAAUAAAACGAGAGAGAAACACCA